CCCAUGUUGACAUCGGCGCAGGACGAAGCCCAGAGGAAACAGACUAAACAGGGGGACCCCCUUCAUUGCUACCUAGCUUCGUCUCCUGCACAGGUCCCACUCAUGCAUUGCAUCAUUUAGCACGAAAGCGGCCUCAGAUUGAAGGAGCACAGCGAGAUGGCGCUUCCCAGCCUUCAGAGCAGGUUCGAGGGCUGCCUGUUGGGGGGCGCUAUUGGGGAUGCGCUGGGGGCGCCGGUGGAGUUCCAGAAUGCACACACAAUCUUUGCAACUUAUGGGCCAAAAGGCAUCACAGACUUGCCGCAGCCUGGCACCUUUACAGAUGACACGCAGAUGACUCUCUUCACGGCAGAAGGCCUGAUCUCAGCCGUCGGCCAUCAAUAUCUCCAGAUGCCCCCCCAGGGCAGCUCCCCUAAGAUUACAAAGGAAGCAAUCUCUAUGCUUCACCAGUCCUACCUCCGCUGGCUUGCCACUCAGCAGAUGGAAAGCAAAUAUGAGAUGUUCUCAAUCCUCAAGUCUUCGGGCUGGCUUGUGAGUCACAAGGAGCUUCAUCGCAGAGAAGCACCCGGGAAGACUUGCCUGAGCGCCCUCGCAAGCGGGAGAAUUGGGUCCAGGACUGAAACUCUCAACAACAGCAAAGGUUGUGGAGGUGUCAUGCGGGUGGCUCCGGCGGCGCUGAUCGUGCACGGUGCGUGGCCGGAGGAGACUGCGGACCGUAAAGCGGCGCUCGCUUACGAGAUUGGGUGUGCCGCCGCCGCGAUCACGCACUCGCAUCCGGCGGGUUAUCAUUCUGGCGGUAUGCUAGCCGCUAUCAUCUCGUACGUACUUUCGGGAGAGGAGCUGCUUCGGGCUGUCGAGCUGUCCUGCGAGAUUCUCGGGAAGGAGAAGAAUGGCACUGAGACACUUGACUGCAUCCGCCUCUCUGUGAGGCUGGGAAUCGACAGGAAGGCCAAGCUUGAGGCGGCUCCCAAGGAAGAGAAGAGUAAAGGUUCUGGAGUGGAGAAGCUGAUUGCAGAGGAGAUUGAGAGCAUUGGUGGCGGCUGGGUUGGCGAGGAGGCCCUUGGAAUCGCUCUCUAUUGUUGUAUUCUUGCUGGCAGGGACUUUGAAGCCGGCCUUAUCUGGUCGGUGAAUCACACCGGUGACUCAGAUAGCACAGGGGCCAUUGCGGGGAACAUUCUUGGAGCGCUCCUCGGAAGUGAGGGCAUACCAGCACGUUGGCCAAACGGUGUCGACAUGUCGGAGCUUGUCAAAGAAGUGGCUAGCGACUUGUACAGCGCUACCAAUGAGAGCGCUACCAAUUAUGAGUAUCCUGGGGCACUCCGACUUCUCAAGUCUGGCAAGUACCCGCGGUGGUUCAUGCAAGUUACACCUACGUAUCAUUAAGGUUACAGAACACUAAUGCGAAGAUACAUGAAUAUCGCGUCGAACAUUACUUGCUGAUUGUCGGCCACUUUUGUUGGAGCUAGAGGCAGUCUAAUUACGCCUUGGCCAGAGAGACAGUUAAAAAAUGUGCACAAUGCGUAAAAUUGUGCACUGACUAUCGUAUGUUCAUAAAUCACAGUCCUGAUCGAGGUUAUCUCAUAGGUACAAUUCUAGAUCAUUCCGGAUCAACUCCUUUCGAUCGGUUUGGUCUCAGACCGGGUCUCGAAAAGAACUUUUGUGAGUCAAGUUGAUCAUGUCAGGAAUUUGCAAUCCCAGC